AUGUCACCCAACGGUGGAGGAGACGCCAAAACAGAUUUGAAAGGAACACCUUUUCGGGCCCUUUGCCGAUCUGGACGUGUGGGCGACGCAUCAGGACGAAAUGAGCGCCAGUGUGGAAGCGGAGGGGACAAGGAUCUGCUGCCCGGUGUGCAACUGGGUGGUGGUCAGCCCGCAGGCCCUAGAGGACCACAUGAAGCGGCACGGAGGGUGCACCGAGCCCAUCUUGUACCAGUGCACCCUGUGCCCAUACAGGACCGACAAGCCCUUCGACCUCAUCAGCCACCAGAAGACGCACGUCAGCGAGAAGCACUACAAGUGCCGCACGUGCGGGGACGAGUUCACCGAGCCGGAGGUCUUCCGUGCCCACCAGCGCCUCCACGAAGGCCACACCGGUGCCCCGUGUGCAAGAAGGCCUUCGCCCAGCUGGAAGCUCUCCAGAGGGUGCACGCGGGCGAGAAGCCGUACCGCUGUGGCGACUGCAGCAUAGACUGCGCCCACGUCGACCACUUCGGCAGCCACCAGAUAAUCCACACGGGCGAGAGGCCCUACCGGUGCACGGCGUGCGGGAAGAAUUUCACGCGGUCGGACUACCUGCGCAGCCACCGCAGGACCCACACGGGCGAGAAGCCCUUCCGCUGCGCCACCUGCGGCAAGGCCUUCGCCCACCCGGCAACCCUCUCGACGCACACGAGGAUCCACACGGGCGAGAAUCUGUACAGGUGCGACGUGUGCGGUAAGGCGUUCACGCACCCGGGGGGCUUUCACAUUCACAAGCGGACGCACAUGGGGGAGAGGCCGUACGCGUGCACCACGUCCGGGAAGGCCUUCGCGGAGUCGGGGACGCUCCAUGUGCACGCGAGGCAGAUGCGCAGCCAGCGCUGCCUUCGCCGCCGCGGUUGCGACGCCGGCACCGUGCCGCCACCGCCGUGCGAGCGGGGGACGACGCUCGCCGGUUCAGAGGAGCCGCGGCGGGCAGAAGGAGUGAAUCGUCCCAGGGAGAUCGAGGUGAUUCCCAAAGUCGAGAGCCCGGCGGCGACCCCUUCAGCACUGGAGGAGGAAGAAGAAAAGGAGAAAGAAGAAGGGGAAUGACGUCGAGAAGACGCCACCAUUGAGGCGCGCCCGGCGGUUAAGGUGGAAAGCGGAGCCGAAGACGCUUCCGUCUCCUCGGUGGUCGUCAAGCAGGAGUGGGAGGGGAGCUCUGGCUGCGGGCUGUGGCCGGGCGUGAAGGUGGAACCCUGCGGCGAGGAUCCUGGCCUCUCGUGGUCGCUCGUGAAGCAGGAAGCCGAGGAAGGCGCCGGCUGUGAGACGCUCGCGGGCGUGAAGCUGGAAAGCGGAGGUCAAGCUUUGUCCAUCUCGCCGUUGAGUGUGAAGCAGGAACCUGAAGAGGGCCCCGGCGGUGAGGCGCAGCUGGGGUGCACGUAGGCCGACGGUUCUGCCCUGGGUGCAAGUCACGGCAGAGUUGUCGAGGAGCAUGUACCAGCAUCACGCAAACUCUCCAAUCAUCAUCCUCGCAGCAGCAGCAGCAAAGGCGGGCUUUGGCUGGCCGUGAAACAAAGA